AUGGCCCCCGUGGAGAGCAUACAUCGGCAUUUUCCACUGUCGCUCCUAUCUCGCCAGUCCAAGAAGAGAACAAGCUGUAUUCCAGAUCCAGAAGAGCCAACAUGCCAAGAGAAGGCCCAUUAUCCUGUGUUCAACCCGCGGGAUCCUCGUCAUAACCCAGAAGCGUCAAUCUUUCCAUGGCGGCGUCAGGAGUCGUCGGCUUCUUCCCAGGAUUCUCCACCACCUCACCAAGUGAACUGGGUUCAUAAUCUCUCACAGCGCUCGCUCCACCGAGCAAGAUCUGGAUUAUUGGCAUUGAGGGCAGGUGUUCGUCGCCAUUCCACUGUAGAAGACCGGGCAGAGCCAGAGGCCGAAUUGCGAGGGUUUGUUGGCCCUGUUGCUCUCAGGCGCGAGAGACACAGACAUAUGGAUUCAUCGGGAGCAUAUACCUCGAGUACACAAGAGGAUUUGGAAUUCGGCUUCGAAAUGCAUCGAAUGAGUGACCCGCCUCCAUCCCCAAUCAACGGUACGCCUCGCGGGUCCAGUAUUCCUUCAGCAGCGAAGGCUUUGCUACAUGAAGCACCAGAAAGCUCUAGCACACACCCACCCAUCUCGCACAAUGAUAGACCAACUUUGGUCUCAAAUGGAAGCAUCUCUGAGUACGAAAAGUCGACCGUUCCUGCUCUCAAGCAUGGCCAAACCCUCUCUCGUCUCUCUGGGGAAUCGAAAGCUAAUACAGAACACCCCAAAACAGACAAUAGGUCAUCUCAUGCGAGCAACGCAUCGACAGAGCAGCAUAUAUUGGAAUCGCUGUCGAAUAUUCAGGAGCCUACUGGUCCAACGCUUGUUCGGCUCGAAAGCUCUCAAGAUAUCCACAGAGAAGACCAAGCUAGAGAAGCUUCACAACCAGGGUGUGCCAAUUCAGAUUCAGACCUUGGAGCUGAAGUGUGCCCAGAGUCAAAUGUCGAGCACCUCUUAGAUCAAGACCGACAACGGGAAUCCACUUUGUCGCCCGACGAUUCUCCAAGCAAUGAUGUGGAUCAAAUAUCACAGUCCUCUGCUGAAUGUUUGUUUGCUUUUCCGGGCAUCUACCAAGAGAUUUUGGAUCAGUGGGCAAGGGAUCGUGGAGAAGGAACACCAAACGUUGCUGCAACAGAUGAGCAGCCUGACUGUAAUGGCGUUCAAUGUGGCCAGUCCUGCGAUCUACCUCCCUAUCAAAAGUUCGAAGAUGGCACACGCGAGGAGCAAUAUGUCGAUACAGAAAACCUGGAUUCCCCCGGUCUUCCCCAUACUAACCAAAACAAUUCGUUGGCUCUAGAAGAGUCACAGUUGACGAUGGCCCAUAAAUUCCCUGCUUCUGGGGCGUAUUCUGAAUAUCUAGACGAAGGGUCAGCCGGCUCUGAAAGAUCGAGCACAUAUGAGCCCAUACUGGAAACUGCCCAUUCCUCAGGAGCAUAUAUACCUUUAUUGCCUGAUCACCAGAGUCAGAAUCAGAGUACUGGUUAUGGCACGUUUUCAUAUGUCCCCCGGGAUUCUUUGGCUCAGCAUCAUCCUUUUGCAUCUCAAGAGCUCGGGGAUUUCACGUACCGAAGGAAUGAGUGCGGGUACUCUCUGUAUUCAGCAGAGAACUCCACCUCACCGGAGUAUACAUCGACGGAAAUUACCUCAAGAACGUCAACAUCGAGUAACCCAUGGUCCCCGAUUGACUCUAACUUCUAUUUCAUGAACCCAACGACUGAUCAGAACGAGUUUUUCCUUGUGGAUGGUAAGACAAGUAGCCAAUACCCUGGCUGGGGAGACCAACCGAUCAAAAUAACAACAUAUCAUACCCAGAGCGAUGGGAACAUCCAAAUCCCAAUGGCUGGGUAUGAAUCAGGUCAAGCUCAGCGUGUUCUCCUUUUACCUCAAAUCGCCGAAGGAAACUAUGUCGCCGAAAGAAACUAUGGCCAAACAGAUUUGGAAGACGAGUUUACCGACGACGAGUUUUACCCUGGAAGUUCCAUGCCACCUGCACAAUAUCAUUGA